CUUGAAUCUCUUCUGCCCACCGGCGGUCACGACAAGGGGGCAUACGAACUUGAACUCCCCUCGUCGACGGAUCUUUACCCCGUACCACGCGAUUCGAAUACAAAAUGUCGCGAGUUAUAAGCUACACGCCGGAAUGGCUCAUGCGACCGAACCCAGGCUGGGAAAUGUUCACGUCCAAAACUCCAUCUUCGAAAUCGCCCAUUUCCCAAGACGAUACCGGACGCCGGAAAACGAUUGCAACUAGGGACACGGAGAUCUUCGUAGCUGUCGGGACUGAGAUCCGUUGGGCGGAUUUGCUGGCCUUGAAAGAGGGGGAGAAUGGAUACCGUACACUCAAAGUCGCAGUUCCGCUUCCGAUCACACAGCUUGUCGUCAGUCCCAAUGGCGACUUCAUGGCCGUUGCAACCGCGCAUACAGUUCAUGUCGUCGUUCUCCCCGAGCCCGCUGUUUUAGAAGGACCUCCCUCCACCGACCCUAUCAAGCUCAAAACCUUCCAAGUCGGCCCCACCGCCCAUGUGCGCGAACAGGCCCCUGUUGUAUCUCUCAUGUGGCACCCGCUAGGAUACCGAGGACACUGCCUUGUCACAAUAACGCGGGAUGGAGUGGUUCGCCUAUGGGAAGUGAACCGGUCCGAUCGCUCAACAUUCAGCGAACCCACCCUCUCAAUAGACUUGAAAAAGCUGGCCAAUGCGACAAACGACAAGGAGGAUGUGAGUGCUGCUAAGUUAGGAGCUUCCAAGGGGUUCUCGCCGGAUUCGUUCGAGCUGGAGGUGGCGUCCGCCUGCUUUGGAGACUAUCCUGAUCAAGAGGGGGUUCAUGGCUGGGCUCCAAUGACGUUAUGGAUUGCCAUGGUUGAAGGAGAUGUAUACGCUCUGUGCCCUCUUCUUCCCAGCAAAUGGCAGCUACCAGAGACACCAGGUGUCUUCACUCUUAUCGAGACUUUGGCUACCUCGAUCAACGCCGACUAUGCGGAAGUGCAGGACAAUAAAGAGGCCUCCAAGCAGCAGGAGGAGACUGUGGAACGGCAACUUUCCUGGCUCUCCGAUAUCCUCUAUGCCGAACCCCUCCCUGAGAAGCUGCCUUCAGGCGAUUCCAUCAGUGUAUUCUCUCGCCCCAGCAGUGUUCCCGCAUGUCCAUUGUUGCAAGGCCCCUUUACCAUUUCUGCCGAGGAUGUUGAUGAUUUCGAGAUUAGCGACAUGAUAGUGUUCUCACUCAAGACGUUCUCGGAGAGUGUGGAGGAUGGGCCGGCUGAAGGGUUACCUGGAGCCGUCGUGUGCCUCCUCACUGAUACCUCCAAGGUGCACAUCUGCUUAGAUAUUUUGGGUAUCGUUGGCCGAUGGCUCCCGUCAUCCCCACCACAGCAUAUCUCACCCGAGUCCACUGCCCAAGAGCUCAUCCUCACUGAGACGGUCGCUCUGGCAGACGAUGACACGCCUUCUUUCAACCAAAGUAUCACCCCAGACGUGCAGAAGGAUUUCUCGUUCUUCGUCUCCCGAUCUCAGGGCGUGUACUCUAUAACUCUAGAGCCCUGGAUCCGAAAUCUCGAAAAUGAGCUCGCCGAACCCCAGAGCGAGGGUCUCACCUUCCGCCUCGAUCGGCUCCUGGAGUCUGCCGGGACACAGGUUGACUUGUGCAUGUCCAGAACAGGUACUCAUGCCGCAUCCGAGGAGGCGCCAGAGGAAGUUAACUCGUGCGUUGUGGUUGCGGAAGGUAACCUGGGUUACUUCGUACUGACGACCGUGGCAAACGAACCCCAAGCCGUGUUCCUGGAUGCACCAGAGUAUGGAUUCCCGUCUGAGAAGGAGCUGGCCGAGUACAUGCUGGUGGAGGUACCGUCUAGACAAUCACGGCCGGCUUACCAACCACCUAAGGAGCUCUAUGACCCACUACAAUUCCAUAUCGAUAAAGAGCGCUUUAUACCCGCCCGACAUAAAGCGUCCAGCAAAGAAGAGAUGAAGCUGUCCCCAGCCAAUCUUGACAUCCUCAUGAACGCACACAAAGCCCUCAGUCAAGACACGCACAGACUCCAAACGGCCGUAUCUGAUCUCUUCAUAAGAUGCACACGACUCCGAGAGGAGUUCCGCGACCAAGUCGUGCGAGUUGCUGAGCUAGUCGCCAAGGUUGACGGGGUUACUGGGAAUGACGAAGGUGCGGACGGCGAUGUGGAUGGCUAUACCAAUGCCAAGAUUGAGGAGCGCCUAGACAAGGUGAAGGCGAAACAAGAAGCCAUCACUGCUCGUUACGAGGCUAUCAGAAGGAAGAUGGCCAGCAUAGGCGGCACAGAGCUGAGCGAGAAGGAGUCCGCCUUCGUUGAGGAGCUGCAGACAAUGGAACGUAGUCUGGAUCACGAGGCGCAGACGUUGACGGGGGAUCAAGACGGCAGCGAAGUGCCGGCAUGGGAGCGUCUAGGGAAGAUAAAGGGGCUGAAAAAGGACCUUGCCAUCGAGGCCGAACGAGCAACGAGAGAGAUGGAGGGGGAGAGGGGGGCUGCGGUAAUCAAGGUUCCCUCACAUUCGCGAAAACAGGAGCAGGAGCAGAUUGAGGCGCUGCUGCAGCGCGAAGCGGCUCUGAUUACAGCGGCUGCGAAGAGUUUGAGGGCUAUGGGUAUUGAUGUACCUGUGGACGAUGCAAAGUGGUGAGGGAGAAAUAGAAGUUGGUUGUUGCCAUGGAAUCUCCGGCUUUGAGAGUAUGAGGUCGUUCUGGUCGCUGGGAAGCCGAAAAGAUGUAUAAGAGCGCUAAGCAUAUAAUCCCAAGAAUGCUAUUGGCCUGGAUUCUCGUGGCCUCUGUGGGAUAGACUCUGCUAAGGGACGGUGCUUCGAGAAGCCAGCCACAUGGCAGUAAUCUUCUCCAAGACUGCGCACUCUCCAUCUUCAUUCUUCUUUGCCGAUGUGACUAGCUCCAUGCUGGAGAACCAUGACAUCGGGUGCAUCGGGUGGCAGUAGUACAAGUGGCAUCGACAAGCAGGACACGCACACAGGCACGCAUAUGUGGAGGAGUACGGAGUGCUUCCACUUUGCGCGACCGCUCUGAUACCUAGGUAGACUGUUCAGAUAUGCCCAGCCCCAAG